UCUCUUUUUCUUUUUGGUUGGACAGUGAUGUCCCUCCCACCUUAAAAAGGCCAAAGACCCACCAAACUCUAUCCAUUCUCACCCUCACUUGGUUUUUUUUUUCCGUUCACUUGGCAGCUAGAGUAGCAGUUAUCCUCCCACAAAUUUACAUUCGAUGGAGCAUGAUGAUUGCAAGCCUUUAAGAACUUCUGGGAAGAGGAAGCCACAAGAAGAAGAUGCUAUCUUAAGCUUCUCUAUGGACGAUCUCAAUCAAGACAUUCUAGAAAGGGUCCUUUCACGGCUUCCAACAUCUACGUUUUUUGGUCUUAAUUCAGUGUGCAAAAGAUGGAAAUCCGUUGCGGCUUCUGCAAGUUUUAAGCUUGCCUGCUCACACAUUCCUUCGAGGGAUCCAUGGUUUUACGUGGUCAAUCCCCAUGUCAACCAAUCAAUUGUAUUUGACUCUUCUGAUAGAACUUGGAAGAAGCUUAAUCAUCCAGCUCUCCUCCAAAAAGACUCAAACCAAAACUCCAUGCCUGUUGCAGCCUCUGGUGGCUUGAUUUGUUUCCGUAAUUUAACUGGCAACUUCAUUAUAUGCAAUCUUGUGACAGGAUCCUGCAGAGAACUCCCUCCACUGGGUCCAACCCAACGAAAUCAAAAUCUUCACGCCAUUGUGAUGAAUACAGCUUCAAAAUACCAAGGCUCUUACAAGCUUGUGUUAGUUUGUGGCGAACUUCCAAAACUCUCAUGCAUAGUCUACGACUCGAGCACUGGUUGCUGGGAGGGGGAUAUUGCAUUACAUGGAAAGAUCGAUGAUUCUCUGGGAUUUGAAUCAAAUGAUGACAGUGCUGUGUAUUAUCUAAACAAGGCUGGAAAUGUAGUGGCGACUAACAUGCAGCGAAGCCCAUCUAAGCAAUACUCAUCAGUUAUUACUUGUAAAGAUGGAGAGGAGAUUGUCUAUUUCCUUAACUCCUCUGGGAAGGUUGUCUCUUGCAAUCUGACCCUCAAGUGCUUCUCUGAGUUUCCCAGGUUAUUGCCGGUUUACUCCGAGUAUUCCAUUGAUAUGGUUGAAUGUGAAGGCGAGAUGCUAGUUGUUAUGCUGUCAGAAUUCCUUGAAAGUGCAAGCUUAAGGGUGUGGAGGUAUGAUGAGGAUUUGUGUGCUUGGAACCAGAUUGCAGCAAUGCCUCCUGCAAUGUCGCAUGAAUGGUUUGGCAAGAAGGUGGAUAUAAACUGUGUUGGGGCUGGUCGCCAGAUCUUGAUAUGCUUAAACUCUGUUGAGCUGUUUAGUUAUGUUCUUUGUGAUCUGGUCACCAAUGAAUGGAUCGAGUUGCCCAAAUGUUAUAUGAAUGGUGAAGCCAUAGAGUUCAUGUCUGCCUUCUCAUUCGAGCCCAGGAUCGAGGCUUCUGUAUGAGAACAAAAUCAUUUGGGGUGAAUAGAUGAUCAAUUGAGGAUUUGAAAAAUGUUUUCUCUAGUUUUGAGAAUUUCGUUUUUUAUUUUUAUUUUUUUCUGUUGUAUAUUUUUUAGCAUAAUUUUUUCGGGAUUUAGUGUAGCAAAUUAGGCCAUCAGAAAGUUUGUCAUGGAAACUAGCUAGAUUUGUUGAUGAUAUAUUGUGAUAUGAUUUCUUUUAUGGGCGUCU